AUGGACCCCAAAAUCAAGCGCAUGAUCGAUAUGAUCAAUUCUAAGAAGAAGCUAUCGCAUCCUUGGAGGCGACAGGAAAGGUAUGAUCAGUCAUACUAUACAUUCUCUCCGGAUAAGUCAACAUGGGAAGCGGUAUCUCCUUCGAGGAGCGGUUCACCAGCUUCCUUGAUUCCCAAAAUCUCCAUCAUGUCCUGGAACAUCGACUUCAUGCUACCUUUCACAGACGAGCGCAUGCUGGCUGCGCUAAAGCACUUGGAGUCUCAUGUCCAGGCCAACAGUACCCCAACAAUUGUCAUGCUGCAGGAGAUGCUCGAGACAGAUCUUGCCCUGAUACAAGAGCAACCGUGGAUCCGUGAAAAGUACAGCUUGACUGACAUAACCUCCAAGUACUGGGAGUCAGGACACUAUGGCACUUGCACCUUAAUCCCGACAGUUCUGCCAGUCAAUGCUGUCUUCAGGGUGCACUAUGAACAAACAGUCAUGGAAAGAGACGCUCUGUUUGUCGAUCUGGCAUUCGGCAAUGGCCAUAGCAUCCGCAUCUGUAACAGCCAUCUUGAAUCACUGAUCGCCGAUCCGCCCAAAAGACCACAACAACUCGCCACCGCAGCAAAAGUCAUGCGCGAUCCAGCAGUCACUGGAAGCGUGAUUGGUGGGGAUUUCAAUGCCAUCCAGGACUUCGACAGAACGCUUCACACCGACAACGGUCUGCAAGAUGCAUACUUGACAAUGGGCGGCAGCGAAGAUAGCGACGAAGGGUAUACAUGGGGCCAAAUGGCGCCAACCAAACAAAGGGACCAGUUCGGUUGCAGUCGGAUGGACAAGUUGUUCUUCUGCGGCAAUUUGCGAUGUGAAAAGUUUGAGAGAUUCGGUCUGGGCGUCAAGGCAGAGGAGAAGCAUGUCCAGGACAGCCUGAUCAAAGAGGAAGGGAUGGAAGAAGGUUGGGUGACCGAUCACCUGGGCGUGAAAGCUGAAUUCAGCAUCCCGAACUCGAGAAAGACGCUUGAAAACAUGUGA